AUGCGGGCUUCAUGUUCGACAUCUUCAUCACCUUUUGCGCCAUCUUCUCUAGCAUCUGUCCUCGCUCGUACCGAGGCUCGCAGCCACUUACAAUCGCUUCUACGCUCUCGAUUCACGUUAGCUUCUGGUUUGCGCAACUUCUCCGCCUGUACGACCUUCUCGGCUCGUAAUCGCUUCAUCCCAAGACCGCCUCCUGUUGUCCAGAAGACUGGCCGGGGUUCGCAAGAUGGCCAGAAAGUAACCCGCAGACGUAGGGAUCUUCCCACUUGGAGAGACUACGAUCCAGAAAUUGGCAUACCCCUGCCCUCAGGAGAACUCGAUCAAGCCACCAUCGCGGAAAUUUUUGGCCCAGAUAUGCAUUGCGACGAUGGCAACCAUAUCCUGCGGCUAAUGCAUUACCGUAGACUCUCAGGCAGUCUCAUUGAUAUAGGUAUUGACUUUCCGAGAGAAUCGGGAAUUUCACCCGAGAUGGCUACUAAGGCUCUGGAAUACAUCAGAACGCUGGAUCCUGCCUUUGAUGAGAACGAGGCCGGUGCUGCUUGGGCAGAGUCAGAGAUCAUGAAAGUGGAGCAACAGUACAUGGCACGCGCUGAAAGGCUAGGUAUCUACAAGCGUACCGACGAUAGCCAGCCAGACGAUUCACAACAAUCUGCCAGCUCUUCCAAUAUAUAUGGAGAGAGUGCUUUGGACCAACUCAGAAAAGCGAACAAAGCAAGAUGGAUGGAAGAAGAUAGAAAGAAGGAGGAAGCCAAGAAGCAACAGGAAGCAGAACGACUUGCUACUCUCAAGGCCGAGGCCAAGGAUAACAACUCUGGAGUUGAAACAAGAGAGGAAACAAAGGAGGAACCGGGGAAAAUUUUCAGUCCCUUCGACGAGAUUGCUCUUGCACAGCCUACCCAGAAGGCUUGGUUAGAGCCCGUGGAGCGCAAGCCUUGGGUCAAGUACUAUGAAGAGCAAGCAACUAUCAUCAAGGACAACAAGAUUCCUGAUCUCUCUACCCUCCGCCGAUUAGGCCCGUCCGCUUUGGUUCUUUUGGUUGUUCUCGCUGGUUGCUGGAUGCUUGAGGAAACAUAUAACCCUCCUCCAAGAUCAGCGAGGAUGUUCCCUGAUGUACCGCCAGCUAUUGCUACCCUCGGGGCCAUCACCGCCAUCAAUCUUGCCGUGUUCGUCGCUUGGAGGAUUCCGCCGUUAUGGAGAACCAUGAACAAGACUUUUCAGGUCACUGCGGCAUAUCCAUUCGCCAUUGGAACUCUUGGUGCACAGUUCAGUCAUCAAAGCUUCCGUCACCUGUUCGUCAACAUGGUCAUGCUGUGGCCUUUUGGUUGGAUUCUACACGAUGAUGUAGGAAGAGGUACCUUCCUAGCUAUAUACCUUGCUUGUGGUACUGUGGGCACGUAUGGCUCCUUGGCCUUCAAUGUGCUCGCCAAGCGUUGGAUGAACUACAGCUUCGGUUCAUCUACUGCCGUCAUCGGCACCAUGGCCGCAGCCUGUCUGGUCAGAGCAAACAACAACGUGACAGUGCUCGGCUAUGAGAUCCCAGACAUCACUGGUCUGACUGUUCUGGGCAUGAUCGCUGGAUUCGAAAUCUUGAGAGCAUGGCGCGGCAAGAACACCAGAAUUGAUUAUCCUGGACAUCUUUCCGGACUUGCAACAGGCGUGCUCGCGGGUCUCUAUGUCCGCUCGAAGACUCCUGCCACAUUGAUGACUCGUAAAGAGUUCACGUCCGUGCAAACUGAGGACCCCACCGACUAA